AUGGAUUCUCGCAGCCCCGACCUGGACGUGAAGCGGCGGCACUACCAGAAGCAAACGGUGUUGUACAUCAUUGGGAUGUGCUGGGGGAGUGUCUCGUUUGGAUUUGGGUCGGCCAUCAUUGCCACGACGCUGGGCCAGCCGUCCUUCUACGAAUACAUGGGUCUGCUCAACAACCCGCAUGAGGCGUCCAUCAUUGGCGCCAUGAACUCGCUGUUCUACGUGGGCGGCUUCUUCGGCACCGUCUUCAACUCGUGGUUUGCCGACCGGGUUGGUCGACGCAAGACCAUCUUGACUGCCUGUCUCAUCCAGAUCGUAUCGGCCGCGCUGGUGGCCGGCUCCGUCAACGUGGCCAUGUUCAUCGUGUUCCGCUUCUUCACCGGAUGGAGUUGCUUGAUGUUCCUCACCUCGGUGCCCCUGUGGAUUACCGAGAUCGCACCACCGCAUGGGCGUGGUCUGCUGGCCAGCAUCAACGGGCUGAUGGCGACGUUCGGCUACGUGCUGGCCAGCUACGUCGGCGUCGGCUUCUACUACUACCAGAACGGGUCGGGACAGCAAUGGCGGGCGCCGCUGGCGUUUGUGUGUCUCCCGCCGCUGAUCACGCUGGGGAACAUCUUCAUCUUCCGCAUUCCCGAAAGUCCGCGCUGGCUGCUGGCCCAGGGACACGAAGAUCAGGCCCGGUCGAUCAUCGAGCGCCUCCAUCGCCGGUCCGACCACGACCACAGCAGCUACGCCGAACUCGAGUUCCUCGAGAUGAAGAAGCAGAUUGAGAUGGACCGGUCGCUGGAUUCGUCGUGGAAGAUCCUCGUCACCCGUCCCUCGUACCGGAAGCGCGCCUUGAUCUCGUGCUCGCUGCUGGUCUUUCUCUACAGCUCCGGCACUCUCACGGUCUCGAAUUAUGGUCCGACCUUGUUUGCCUCGCUCGGCUACUCGCCCGCGCAGACCCUCCAGUUCCAGGGUGGCAUUGUCCUCUCUGGAUUCGUGUCUCUCCUGGCCUCCAUGCUCAUUGUCGACCGCAUCCCGCGUAACAUCAUGCUGGCCUGCGGCAUGAUCGCUGUCAGUAUCCCGCUAGCGUGUGAGGCCGCCACCACGGCUCUGUAUAUCGGUACAACCAACAAGUCGGGCCUCGCUGCCGGGGUUGCCAUGCUUUACCUGUAUAUCUUUGUCUACGGGGUUUUCCUGGACGGACCCGGCUACUUUUAUGCGAACGAGAUCUUUCCCACCCAUCUCCGCAGCAAAGGCGCGACGCUGUGUAUUGCCUGCUACGCCUUGAUCAACAUCAUGUGGACGCAGGUGUCGCCGGUGGCGUUUGAGAACAUCGGCUGGAAGUACUACCUCGUCUUCAUCUGUUGCUGCGUGGUGGCGUCGGUCGUCAUCUUCUUCACCUACCCGGACACGCUCAACAAGCCGUUGGAGGAGGUGGCGCUCAUGUUCGGCGACGAGGACCUGGUGGCUCAUUACGUGAGGGAACAUGCGCAUGUGCACGAUACCGCAGUUAAGAAGGACGAGCUGGGGUCGGGCCCUGUGCAGGAUGAGGACGUGAAUGUGAAGGAGCUGAAGGCGUAG